GUUUUACACCAACUUCUCAUAUCCAUCCAAUGGUAGACAUGAAAGUGGUUCUGGUUCUCGUCAGUCUGUUCUUCACUAAAGCUAUAGCACUGGAAUGUUACAGCUGCAGAGGGGAGUCUGCUCAAACUUGCAAUAGUUAUGAGUAUUGUCCACAUGAGUGUAACAACUUCGCUGCCACCUUGAGUGCAGGUGGUGUACACAUAGAACAGAUUAUGAGUUCUUGCCUGCCGCCAGCCUUUUGUGUCACGGGGAGAAUAAACACAGGGUUUCUGAAAGCAACAGUCAACUCCAGAUGCUGCAAGACUGACCGCUGCAAUGGUCAAGUACUACCAGUUUUACCGAAACAGGCUCCCAGUGGAAAGAAGUGUUGUGCCAAUAGCGACUGCUCAGAAACUGUGAAGUGCGAGGGAGACGAGGAUCACUGCAUUAAAGGAUCAGUUCCCUUAGAUGUUCAAUUUCCUACUAAGGUAUCUUUGACUGGAUGUGCCAGCAAGAGCAUCUGUGAUGGGCUCCUUUCCCUCAGACAAUUCUUUAACGUCUCUGCGGAUAUAAAGUGCUGUGAGGGGAACCUGUGUAACACUGCUAUCAGCAUUAAUCUGGGUCUCCUCAUCAUGCUGGGGUCUCUACUGACCUCCAUCCUCUUCCUCUGAACUUCCUCUGAACUAUUUCAAACCCUUUUUUAGGAAAUACUGAAACUAAUACAUGAGUUUUUAAUAGAGAUUUUAAAUGUCAGCAUCUCCACUGGGCCUGUAGGUGAUCAGUCUAGUCUGUUGCAUAACGUUUGCUGUACUUUUAAUAAACCCAAUAAACUGUGCAAAGACUUUUA